UGUAAAAAUUUAUUGCAAUUUAUCAAUAAACUCUUGAUUUUUUUGAUGGACACCGUUUACAGGUUUUGAUUUUUAAUUAAUUAUUAGUCCAAGCACCUUCAGAUGUUAUAAAUUCACUUUGGUUAGUUUUGAGGUACUACAUUGGGUACUAGUGGUACUACAUAGUUUUCUAGAGUUAAAAAAAUUCUCAUUUUUUGAAAAAUGGACAUCAAGACAGAAAUUGAUGUAGAAGAAGAUGUUUGCUCACAAAACAUUAGUGAUGAAAAAUUCACAAAUAAGACGCAAUAUUUCAAAACUGAUGUCAAAUUGGAAAAAUAUUUCAAUGAGGUUUCAAUACCAAGCGAUUCAACAGUAGUAACCGAAAAUAUCAUCCUGAAUUUUGAAGAAAUAAUUUUGCCUCAUUUAAAAAAAGAAAUUAAGCAAGAAUUUGAACAACUGGAUUCACUGAAGCCCGACCCUGAUGUAGUUCUAAUCAAAGACGAUCCUGAAAAUAUUAAUUUUGAAAAAUUCCAAUGCAAUUUUUGCCAACGGAAAUUUGAGUAUAAUUGUAGAUUAAAAUCUCAUUUAAUAACGCAUUCAUCUGAACGGCCGUUUGAAUGCGAUUUUUGCCUUGCGAAAUUCAAACGUAGAGGAGAGUUAAACAUGCAUUUAAUAACGCAUUCGGAGAAAUUCGGUUUCGAAUGCGGAACUUGCAAUAGAAAAUUCAUCCAGGAAAGAAACAUUAAAAGGCAUUUAUUCCUACAUCCAGAUCACAAAAUGUAUCAUCCACCAAAUAACUAUUUGACUUCGAAUAAUUAUUUCCAAUGCCACAUUUGUUACUAUAAAUUCAAAAAGAUGCGAGGCCUAAAAAGACACAUGCAUAGUCACAACGUAAGAAAUAUCAAAUGUGAUUUUUGUGACCUCAAAUUUAAGCGCAAACAAGAUUUAAAGUGGCAUUUGGUGGGGCAUGCGGAUAAGUGCGACUUUGAGUGCCACAUUUGCCAUCGUAAGUUUAAGAGGAAACUUAAUUUAAGUUCGCAUUUGGAAAUUCAUGAUACAAUUUCGAACGCUUUUGCUAAGCAAAGUUUUGGUAUGCUUUCGAAAACAUUUACAAACAAUACAAAAUUAUUAUAGAAUAUUUUUUCCAUUUAUAUUGUAUAUUAAACUUUGUAGAACCAAUAAAUAGAGUUUUUUUU